AUGGCCAGCAACGAGGACCAAACGACGGAAUCCAAAUCCCAGCAGAAAAAUCACAAGAAAUACCGCCGAGACAAACCAUGGGACAAUGAGAAUAUUGAUCACUGGAAGAUCGAUCAUUGGAACGACAAGGAAGAUAAACUUCCAGGAGGAAGAUUGUUAGAAGAGUCAUCUUUUGCUACGCUGUUUCCAAAGUACCGAGAAAACUAUCUUCGUCAAGUCUGGCCAGUUAUUACAAAGGCCUUGGAUUCUUUGAAGAUUGCUUGUGAAUUGGAUUUGGUCGAAGGUAGUAUGACAGUCCGAACAACCUCUGCUACGACAGAUCCCUUUAUCAUUCUUAAGGCUCGAGAUUUACUCAAAUUGAUUGCCCGUAGUAUUCCAGUGGUCCAAGCACUGAAAAUUCUCAAAGAUGAAUGGGUCUGUGACAUUGUCAAGAUUGGAGGAAUUGUUCGAAAUAAGGAACGCUUCGUCAAACGACGACAACGAUUGCUAGGUCAGGAAGGAUCCACACUAAAGGCUUUGGAGUUGGUCACUGGAUGUUUCAUUCUCGUUCAGGGGAACACAGUGUCCAUCAUGUCCGAAUCGCACAAGGGGCUGAAACAAGCUCGUCAGGUUGUCGUCGAUUGCAUGAACAACAUUCACCCAAUUUACCACAUUAAGCGGCUCAUGAUCAUGAAGGAGCUGGCAAAAGAUGAAAAAUUAAAAGACGAAGACUGGGAGAGAUUCUUGCCCAAGUUUGCCAAGAAGAACGUCCAACGUAAGAAGGUUUCCAAGAAGAAGGAACCAAAGGUUUACACACCCUUCCCUCCAGCGCAAACACCCAGAAAGGUGGAUUUGCAAUUGGAUACUGGUGAAUACUUUGCUUCGGAGGAGCAACGAAAGACUCAAAAAUUGAUGGUCCGGAAGGAAGCGGCCAAGCAAAAGUCACUAGAGAAACGAAAGAUUAGGGAAACGGAAGAUGAGAAAGUGCCGGCCAAGAAAACCAAGAAGGCCAAGGCAGAAAAGUCAACCACUGACAAUGUUGACGUGGGACGAUUGCAAGAGAAUAUCAAGAAACGAAAGAGCGAUACUGGUGGCAAGAGCAGCAUGUCCGAUUUUGUGCAAGGGUGA